AUGGAACCAAUUUAUUUGGUCCGUCGUCGAUCAGCCUACCUUCUUGAUAACUGUCUUUAUGUUGAUGUCACUGGACCGAUAAACAACAUAUUAGCACGCCUUGAAUCCCUUAGUUUUAUGCCUUCUUGUACAUCAGACAUGGAUGCAAGUGUUUGCUCCCAACUUGCUUGCCUUUUGACGACUCUUCUUCCAACUCGGACAGAUGUUCAAUCCCCUGGACAACUGCCUGUUGAACAGCUUAUUCUUGAGCAGAUGGUCUCUCUCGUCUGUCCCCAAGGGAGACAAAUUAGAAUCUUACUCAGGUAUUUUUUUGUUUCUUAUUUUCUCUUUUAUUUUAUUUUAUAA